AUGACCAAAACCACUACAUUGCAGGGGCUUGUGCUCGAGCAGCUCUUCGUUGCUAUAAACAUACUUGCCAAGUCAACCAUACUAAGGUUACUCCUCGCUCUUUAUCUCCUGCCGAUCUACUGCUUCACCAAGGCCAUCUCAGUCCUGCCGAGCCUCAUCAGCCAGUUCCCGCUGUUGCUCACUAGACGAGGACGCGAAAAGCUGCUCACAAGAGCCGAUGUCUACAGGAGGCACGAACAAGACAUAGCCGCCAAACAACAUGACGGCACCUACAGAUUCUCUCCAGCCAGCGUACUGUGGUGGAACGGCAGGACAAGCUGGAACAUGAAUCGACUUGUGAUCGAGGUAUGCGGUAUCAACGCGCGAGUGGUGCACGCGGAGUCCAAACCCACAACACCCACCAAGCUGAAGCCACUGAUCUUGCUUCAUGGCAACCCUAGCUGGAGCUAUAUCUGGAGAGACAUUAUUCCGGACCUGACAGCUGCGGGCUAUGAGGUGUUUGCUAUCGACUGGCUCGGCCAUGGCACCUCCGACAAGCCGCUGAAUGUGUCGGAAAUCUCAUUCGAGUUGCACAUGCAUACCCUUCGACGAGUUAUCGAACAGCUGGACCUGAACGAAUUCUACAUCGCGGCGCAUGACUGGGGUGGGUGCAUAGCGCUUUGUACCAUCCCAACCCUACCUGCCGAGCGACAUUGCAAGGGCCUUUUCCUACUCAACACGUUCUUGCCGCCUCGACCUCACGACAUUACCCUUCACUACUAUCUUUUGUAUUGGACUUGGUUCUUCAGCACCGGCAUCUGCGGGCCUUUGCUGCCGGACAGCUUCGUCCUGAGAUUCAUGGCGCCCAACAUGAGUGAUAAAGCGUUACAAGUCUAUUCGCAGCCUUACGCACAAAGCCCGUUCAACACAAAGACAAGUAUCAACCGAUUCUCCCAUAUCGUACCGGGCUUGCCUGACUGCAUCUACGGUCUCCGUCAAACACAUAUAUGGCGAACAAUCGAGGGACUGCUGGGGCCAGAACAUUUUAUCAAUUUGAAUGCGCAAGCCUGGCUGGCGAACCGUGACCAGGAGGUGCGAGAAUGGUGGUCUUCUUCAGGCGAUGACAAGGCCGCGGCCAGAGCACCUGAGUCGGUCAUGAUCUUGUUCGGACGUGAUGACCCAUUGCUGCCCGAGUUCAAGAAUGUCUUGGAAAGAUCAAUCCGAGUUAGUCGAGUGCUCCAAGGCGGCGAGGCUGGAUGGCUUCCGGGUGCCGGGCACUACCCUAUGGAGCAGAAGCCGAAGGAAAUCGCACAUUGCCUGGUACAGCUGUUGGAACGGUAACAAAGCGUCUAUCAAUGAUACCAAGCACGCGGUGAAUCUACAAGAGACUUGACUGCGCAAUAGCAAGAACAGCAUUGAGGGU